UUCAUAUCUACCUGGAGCACCAUCUGCAGGACGUGAUUUCGAGGUUAUCUACUGAUCACGUUGGGUAUGAAAUCGUCGAACCAACAGCGACAGGAAUAUGUUUGACAUAUGGUAUAAUUUACUCUGCAGUUCGACGAAUAAAAGUAAAACAUGAAUUGGAUAACUUUUUUAGGAAUAUAAUCGUGCAAUAAAUAUAAGACAAAAAUAUAGUUGUCAAAAUGAAGCUAGUAUCAAGAUAUGUAGAUAAGGAUGGAGAAGGGAGUGUGGCUCUUGUUCCUGAGAAUACAGAAGAUAUGUGGCAUGCCUAUAAUCUCAUUAGCGAAGGAGAUUUUGUAAGCUGUUCCACUUUCAGGAAAGUGCAAAUGGAAUCUGCAACUGGUAGUUCCAACAGCUACAGAGUUAGAACCACUCUUAAAAUAAGUGUAGAGAAUAUUGACUUUGAUACACAAGCAUGUGUUCUGAGACUUAAAGGUAGAAAUGUGGAGGAAAAUAAAUAUGUUAAGACAGGAGCAUAUCACACGCUCGAUGUAGAGCAAAAUCGGAAGUUUAUUAUUACUAAAGCUAAAUGGGAUUCGAUCUCUUUGGAAAGAGUCGACAUUGCGUGUGAUCCUGCACAGAAUGCCGAUGUAGCCGCUGUUAUUAUGCAGGAAGGUAUAGCACAUAUUUGUUUAAUAACUUCCAACAUGACAAUAGUACGCGCAAAGAUCGAUCAAGUUAUACCGAGGAAGAGGAAGGGGAAUGUUUCGCAACACGAAAAGGGCUUGGCACGAUUUUACGAGAGCAUCAUGCAGGGCAUAUUAAGACACAUCAACUUUGACCUGGUGAAAUGCGUUAUUCUUGCCAGUCCGGGUUUUGUGAAAGAUCAGUUUAUGGACUAUAUGAUACAGCAGGCUGUUAAAUUCGAUAAUAAGCUUAUCUUAGAGAACAAAAGUAAAUUUCUGCUAGUUCAUGCCAGUUCGGGUUUUAAACAUUCACUGAAAGAGGUAUUGGGCGAUCCCGCUGUAGUGUCUCGGAUUUCUGAUACCAAAGCAGCGGGAGAAGUAAGGGUUCUAGAAGCAUUUUAUACCACUCUACAGACUGAUCCUGCUAGAGCAUUCUACGGCAAGAAACACGUUGAGAAAGCUGCCGACGCUCAGGCAGUUGAAACCUUACUUAUAUCGGAUAAACUGUUCAGAUGUCAAGAUAUCGUGCAGAGGAAGGAAUACGUUGAAUUGGUUGAAAAUGUCAAAGAUUCAGGUGGCGAUAUCAAGAUAUUUUCAAGUCUGCAUGUCUCGGGUGAACAAUUGGAUCAGCUGACCGGAAUAGCAGCUUUGUUACGUUUUCCUAUGCCGGAAUUAGAAGACGAGAGCGAUGACGGCAGCGACUUGGAGAAUGAUUAGUUGAGCCAGUGAUAUGUUACUAUGUAAUUUUGUAUAUACUUAUGUUGUGCGCAAUCAAAAAAAAACCAUUAAUAAUAAAAAAGAAUGAUAAUCUU